CCCUCCCGGGCGCCACUGUCGAAUCCGGCCCACGCGCGCCUCAGCCGCUGGCAGUUUGCACCCGCUCCCUAAGAUCGGCCCCUCCCCAGCUCCAGCCCCAAGCCGCCGGUGCGGCGAGUGACUGCUAGGAGGGACGAACGCUACGGCGCAGGCGCAGGCGCAGCCGGAGGGGCGCGGCCAGCCGCUUCCGUGCGCGCGCUCGCAGGGCACACAAGCGGUUCUGCUCAGCUUGGCCCCACUCGACCGGUCCUGGCUCCGCCGGCUCUGGGCAUGGUUCCCGCCGCAGGCUCGAUGAGGACGCGCUACCUCGUGUACUUCCAGUACUUGGGCACGGAGUUCAACGGGGUCGCGGCCAUCAGGGGCUCCCAGCGCGCCAUCGGGGUCCAGAACUACCUGGAGGUGGCUCUGUCCUCGCAGGAGGCUGCAAAGCGGUUGAAGUCGGUGGUGCCGGUCAAGUUCACCAUCUCCAGCCGCACGGAUGCUGGGGUCCACGCCCUGAGCAACGCGGCACACCUGGACAUCCAGCGCCGCUCAGGCCAGACCCCCUUCUCCCCUGAUGUCCUGACUGAAGUUCUCAAUGCGCACCUGGGGCACCCGGCCAUCCGGGUGCUGCAGGCCUUCCGAGUACCCAGUGACUUCCAUGCCCGCCAUGCAGCCACAUCCAGGACCUACCUGUACCGCCUGGCCACCGGCUGCCAGCGGCAUGAUCAGCUGUCUGUGUUUGAACGAAACCGAUGCUGGGCACUACGGGCAAGCUCCUUGGAUAUAGAUGCCAUGCAGGAGGCUGCCCAGCACCUUCUAGGGACACAUGACUUCAGUGCCUUCCAGUCAGCUGGCAGCCCAGCCACUAGCUCAGUGCGCACACUGCGCCGAGCCUCAGUGUCCCCUGACCUAGGCAGCCCCUUUGUCCUCCCCCAGGAGAACAGGUUGCAGUUCUGGAACCUGGAGUUUGAAAGCCAGUCCUUCCUGUACAGACAGGUUCGGAGAAUGACCGCUGUGCUGGUGGCUGUGGGGCUGGGGGCUUUGAUGCCCGCUCAGGUGAAGGGGAUUCUGGAAAGCCGGGACCCCCUCGGCAGACACCAGACACGCGUGGCACCAGCCCAUGGCUUAUUCCUCAAGUCGGUGCAGUACGGGAGCCUCGGUGGGAAUCCAGCCUGUGUUCAGCGGGAAAGCCAGGACCCUGGAGGGUUCACCGCAUGGAAGGCACAGAUAACUCCAGAGACUCAGCUGAGAUCAGAUGGCCAUGACAUACUAGGCCCUGCCAUUGGACCCUGCCCACAGAGGCGAGCUGGGACCUGCACUUGGCCAUCCAGAGUCACAGCAGGCCUCCUGCCUCCCAUGGGCCCGUACCUGCUGGAAGUCCCCACCCACCUUCCUGGGUGCCCCGGUCUGCCCCAGGUGGGCUGCUGUGGGUAGACUGCGGGGGGGAAAAGGUUUGGGUGUCAAGAAGGGAACAUGUGGUCUUUGGUUCUGUUUUUACUGGACCUUGAAUACCUCAGGAGCAUCCAGCCAUCUCUUGGGGGCUCAGAAAUAGAAAUAAAGGGUGAUGAAGUCCC